UUCCGGUGCACUCCGAUGUAAUCUGGAGGGCUCACAGAAAACAUUGCAUCAAGUAGAGCUGAAGACAGCCAGUGGUGGUGGAAUAGGUUCUUCGGGAUCCCAACAUUGCCCCAUGAUGUCUACCUUCUCCAUCUUCUUGCUUUGGCUUGUUGGUAGCUCAGAAGAAAGAAAAUGGGAAAGUGAGAGAUUUCUCAAUGUCUUCAUCUUUGUGAGACCUCUUAGCUGGGGACUAUCAGUGGGACAAGAGGCCUCUAUCAGCUGCAGGAGUAAUUAUCCUGGGUUUUUCUAUGUGACAAAAGAUGGAUGGACUUGGAAGCAUCGUGGAAUACUCAGUGCAAGAUAUGCUGAGUUUCUCAUCUCGUAUAUGAACAGAGAGGACACAGGGGUAUACACCUGUUGUUGCCGCUUCUAUAACAAUUACCAAGAUGAGACCAGAUGCAGUGAAUCUGUGGAGCUUCUGAUAACAGAUCCUGAUCUGCCCAGACCCAGAAUCUCCCUGAUCCCUAGCAGAAUGGCAGUUAUAGGAAGCAACAUCACCUUUCAGUGCUUGCUCCAAGAUCGACAUGAGAACGUUUAUCUUCACAAGACUGGAGCUUGGCAGAAACCACAAGAGAUGGAGUCACAUGGGAGCACAGCCGUGUUUCACAUCAGGAAUGUGAGCCCAGGAGAUGGAGGGACUUUCAGCUGCAGCUACAGACUGUCAUCGGAGUUUUUAGUCUCCAAUCCCAGUGUCCCCGAGAAGCUGUGGGUAUUAGAUCCCACGCUUCCAAAGCCCAGCAUCACUUUGACUCCUGAAAAAGGUUCCCUUGGGGGAAAAGUCAGUAUUGAUUGCAAAAGCUCACGCAAAGUUGAGCAUUUUUAUCUCCAAAGGCCUGGACACCAGAGUCUUCUUCAGGGCCCAGUUGCAGAGGGGAUCUGGGCCAGGUUCACAAUCCAGAACGUAAGCAAAAAGCACACUGGGAAUUACAGCUGCAUGUACAAACCGUUGUUUUCAAAACAUCCUGUCUUCUCCCUGCCCAGUGAUCCUGUGACUUUGCUACUACCAGGAUCCCAGUUGAAAACUUUGGCUUUCACAGAGCCUGAUGCAGAUUUUUCCUCCUGCUUCUCUCCUUGA